AUGCAACCUUCGCUCAUUCUUCGGUCUGGGCGGUCUGCUUGGAAAGGUCCAUACUUCGUAGCCUUUCCGAACCUGAAGGAUGCACUCGUCAACAAUGUUCCUAUAAGAACGCAGGCCCGCGCAUCCACUAUCCUCCCAAAUUUCGUCGGCAUCCGUUUCAUGGUGCAUAACGGUAAAGACUAUGUCCCGGUGACGAUAACGCAGGAUAUGGUCGGCCAUAAGCUUGGUGAAUUCGCGCACACUAAAAAGCGUUUUACCUAUAAGAUGACUAAAAACAAGUAG